AUGGGCGCAGCCAUUUUGGCUGGGCUUUAAAAAAUGACGAUAGAACCCAACCUCUACGAUUCCAAAUGUCAAAACUACACAUGCAAGGCAACUGAUAAUGACGUCGCAAUGAGAGAAGUCGUCUAAGAUGCAGUCUUAAUGUCUUGCAAGCUACUCAAGAAUGGAAACUGAUUUCUGCUUGGAUGGAGCUAAUCAGGAUAUGGCAGACCUGAAGCCACUUGGAGACUACAUUCUCCUAGGGAUGAAGUACCUUUAUGAGGCACAGCAGCUCUGUGAUGUUACCCUCGCAGUUGAGCAGAAAAGAUUCCACUGUCAUAGGGUUUUUCUGGCUUCGGUGAGCUCUUAUUUUCAAGCUAUGUUCACCAGCUGCAUGGCUGAAUCCCGGGCUUCUGAAGUACAUUUAAAGGAGGUUCUACCUGAAGCAGUUGAACAUGUUCUGAAGUUUGUCUACACUGCACAGGUUGAGCUUUCACCAGAGACUGCAGAGGAUCUAUACACAGUGGCAUAUCGACUUCAAGUUCUUCCACUGCAGCACCUAUGUUCCAGAUACCUCAUAUCCAAACUGACACUGGAUAAUUGCCUUGGGAUUUACAAUUUAGCUUUAAUUCACAAUGAUACGGCACUUCUUAGAGCAGCAUUGAGAAUUAUCAGUCAAAACCUGCAGCUGGUAUGUUUACAAGAAGAAUUUUUGCACCUUGAUUUAAGAACACUGGUGAACAUCAUCUCUGCAGAUGGUCUGCUUGUAAGUGCAGAACUAGAAGUGUUCAGAGCAGCAAAACGCUGGGCUGACUUCCAGCCAGAAGAACGGUACCCUAUAUUCAGUGAAGUAGCUUUGCACUUCCGUCUGUCUCUGUUAACACAUACUGAGAUGAAGGAAAUAAAAAAUGAAAUCUGCCACUCCAUGAAGUGUGAAGAAACCAUCAGACGUAUUCACGAGCUACAGAAUAUUGAAGUAAGGCCUAGGGAGACUAUGAGACUUCGUAUGGGAAUGUUUGAUGAAAAAAUAGUAUGUGUGGACUUACAGGUCCGUGAGGACCCUAACUUAAAUGACUGCGAAUUUAAAAUUGACUGUUUUGAUCCUGUUUUGGAGAAAUGGGAAACAAUCCAAGCUUUAAAAUCCUUAAUGCACCCAGGUUGUGUAGCCAUUGAAGACAAGUUAUUUGUAGCUGGAGGGCAGCAUAAGGAUAAUUCCAUCUCAAAUACACUGCAUGAGUACGAUCCAUUAGACAAUUGUUGGAUUCAACACCCAUCAAUGUCUGUUGCACGAACCAUGCAUGGCUUUCUGGCUUUCAACCAGAAGCUUUAUGCUUUAGGAGGAUGUAACGAAACUGCUUUCCUUGAUUCUGUGGAAUGUUUUGACAUGAAGAAACAGACCUGGGCUCUUGUUGAUAAGUUACCGCUACCUCUAAGGGCAUUUUCUUGUGCAGUUUUCAGAAGCAAACUUUAUAUUAUUGGUGGUACAACCCUGAAACGUAACCAUGCUGUUGUUCACAAUAAUGUUUUAAUAUACAAUGUAAGUUUAAGCUCUUGGAACCAGGUACCACUAGAAAGCCAUUGCAGUAUCCUUGCAGGUGCUGUUGCCAUUGAUUCAGGAAUUGCUGUGAUUGGUGGAUAUGCAAAAGAUUCAGUAAAUUUUCAGUACAGUUCUCUGCUUGAUACAGAGCUCAGUAAUGCCUGUCGGGAAUGUGUCUUUUUGGAUGAAAGUGGAAGAGUUAGCAGACAGAUCAGAGUACCUCAGUUACCUCGAAGAAUUGCUGCUGCAGGAAUUGUAUGUUGGAAAAACAGGAUAUAUGUUUUGGGUGGAGAAAAUGUAGACACUUUUUACAAUACUGUUCGUUACUGGAUACCUGGGGACCUAUACUGGUCCUUAAGCAAAAAGAGACUUCCUGUCCCAUACAGUGGGGUUAGUCGAUUUGGGUGUGCAUCUCUGAAAUUUCCUCAAAGCAAAAUUCUGUCCCUUUUUGGAGGAAAGGAAUUAAAUCUUUCACAGACAGAUACUGCCACAAAGGUAUUACAGUCUGACAGCAAAUAACUAAAAAGAAAAAAAAAAUAUGUAGGCAAACCUUGGUCAAUUCAAACUCAGAGCAGUUGUUCUACUGAUCCCCAUAACCAAGGUUACAGUGCAUAGAUGGGUAAGAAAUGGCCAAAAAUUAAUAAUUUGUGCAGUCCACUGAUAGCCAACGAUUCCUGGUAAGUAAUAUCUCAUCAGUAGACAGGGCAUCACUGCAGAUAAAGCACAGAGCCAAGUUUAUGGCAAACAACUUUCUUCAUACAAAUGAACUUUGACGCAGAUGGCCUAUUUCCAAGGAUUAGGGUGCAGUAAAUUCACGGCAGCCAUAGACUCAAGGCAC